CACUAGAGUGAAUGAAUUGUAAACAAACUGGUCAUCUUUUUCAAUUCCGUUUCUCUCUCUCUCGCCGGAAUAUUCUGUCUACUUCAGCUCCCUUAUCGUUCGCCACCGUCGCGUAUUCGCCGUGAUUUUGGAUAAGGAAGAUGCCAGACGUACAAUCAACGGUGUUGGAGUUUGUUAACAAGCUCAGAAAACGUAAGAUUGAAGGCUCACAGGCUACAGCCAAAUGCACCGUUGAGCUACUCAGGUCAGUGAUCUCUCAGCAGCGGGUGCCUCACUCAAACCAAGCUUCAGCUCUUAUCGAUGCUGUGAAAGCCGUCGGUGAACAACUGGUCGCUGCUAAUCCUGUUGAGCUUGCGGUGGGGAAUGUAGUUAGGCGGGUUUUGCAUAUAAUAAGGGAGGAGGAUCUCUCUUUAGCUACGGCAGCUAUGGCUGGUUUGGACUUGCUUGACGCUAGUGAUGACGAUGGUGAAGAUGAUAACUGCAAAGGAGUUGGGUAUUCUGCUAUGUCUGCGGCGGUUGCUGCAGCUGCAGCUAGGAGUACGCUACGCCCUCCGUCUUUGCAAACGCUUCUCGAGGGGACUCCUGAGUCUGCGGCUGUUCCGUACACUUCUUCGUCCGGUGCUGAUUCCGAAAGCAAAACUGCGGAUAAAAGUUCAAUAACUCGGAAGCUGAAGCAUGAUGUUAUAGAAGGAGUCAAUCACCUGAUCCUCGAGAUUUCCGGUUGUCAUGAGCAGAUCGCUGAGCAAGCUAUAGAGCAUAUACAUCAAAAUGAGGUGAUUUUAACCCUGGGUAGCUCAAGAACAGUACUUGAGUUUCUGUGUGCUGCAAAGGAGAAAAAGAGAUCAUUCCGUGUAUUUGUUGCCGAAGGUGCUCCAAGGUAUCAGGGCCAUCUCUUAGCGAAAGAAUUGGUAGCAAGAGGUCUGCAGACCACUGUGAUCACCGACUCUGCAGUGUUUGCUAUGAUAUCUCGAGUGAAUAUGGUUAUAAUUGGAGCACAUGCAGUAAUGGCCAAUGGUGGGGUUAUAGGACCUGUUGGAGUCAACAUGGCUGCCUUGGCAGCAAAAAAGCACGCAGUCCCAUUUGUGGUUCUAGCCGGUAGUCACAAGCUAUGUCCACUCUAUCCUCACAAUCCGGAGGUAUUACUAAACGAGCUGAGAUCUCCUUCUGAACUGUUGGAUUUUGGUGAAUUCUCUGAUUGCCUGGACUUCGGAGCAGGUUCCGGGUCUCCCCUUCUUCAAGUUGUCAACCCUACAUUCGAUUACGUCCCACCAAGCCUUGUUAGUCUAUUCAUAACCGAUACGGGAGGACACAACCCAUCUUACAUGUACCGUCUUAUUGCCGACUACUACUCUGCUGAUGAUUUGGUGAUGUAGAGAGCUGUUAAGGACUUAGUUUUUUUUUGGGUUAUUUGAUGACCACACAAACGCUUACUUGGUUGGUCAAUUCACAAUUGGAGGAUAUAUAUGUACAUUGCGCAAAGCGGAUGCUCAAUGCUUGUGAAAGGGAAAUAGAAAGAGAACAUCUUCUGCGUCUUUCAUAUUUGUCAGGCAAGUGUCUUCUUUUUUUUUGCUUUCGUGUCUUUUGUAUUUUUUUUUUUGCCAGUUAUAAGGGUUCCAAGGUUUAAGAUUGUGAGGCGAUGCAUUGGUUCGGCUCGGUCCAGUUUCUAUUAUUUUUAAUUUGA